AUGAGUUAUUAUAAGCAAUAUGCUAAGAAGUGCGGGUUUGGGGUGAUGACAAAAAGGACUGAGAUGGGAGAAGAUGAGACAGUUAGGUAUGUCACCCUUGCUUGUGCUCAUGGUGGGAAGGCCCGUAAUAGGACUUUCAAUGUCGCCAACCCACGCCUGACAGGAAAGACAAAAUGUAAGGCAAAGAUUAAUGCCUUAAAAUCUUAUGCAAAGCUUCGGUUGACUACAGUUCAUAAUAUCCAUAACCACGGCCUGAGUCUAAAGAAAUCUCGCUUCUUUCGAUGUAAUAGAGAAGUGAGUGACUCCGUAAAAAGAGUCUUAGAUACAAAUGAUUUAGGUGGCAUCCGAAUGAAUAAGAGCUUUGGAUCUCUUGUUGUUGGCGUGGGCGGAUUUGAGAACCUUCCAUUUUUAGAAAAAGAUUGUUGUAAUUAUAUCGAUAAGGCAAGACAUCUACGACUUGACGCUGGUGGUGCUAGUGCUCUUCGAGAGUAUUUUUGUAGAAUGCAGUACACAAAUUAUGGAUUCUUUGCGUUGAUGGAUCUAGAUGAUGAUAGGAGGUUAAGAAAUGUCUUUUGGGCAGACCCCUGUAGUAGAGCUGCGUACCAAUAUUUCGGUGAUGUGGUCACAUUCAACACCACAUACCUGAAAAAUAGAUAUGGGAUGCCGUUUGCACCAUUUGUUGGUGUAAACUACCAUGGUCAGUCAAUUUUGUUGGGAGCAGGCUUGAUUUCUAGUAAGGAUACCCUUUGUGUGGUUAUUCAAGACUUGGUUGCAGUGUAUGGAUGA